GCUGGGUUUCCUGUGGCUGCCCCUGAGCAGGGGAGAGGUCUUUUGGCCCUACUGGGACUCCGGAGCCCAAAUCUGGUAGUUCCUUCUGCCCAGCUCUCUCCCUGCUCUUAUCUUAUUUCCUCUUAAACUACCAAAGGAGGGGCUGGCUCCACUGCUUGCAGUCAACACACGCAACCAGCCACCGCUCUGGGAGCGAAGGGCCACAGGACGAUCUGCAGAGAGGCAAGAGCCCACGAUGUCGGCCAACGUCACGAUGAAGCCCCUCUGUCCCCUCCUGGAGCAGAUGAGUCACCUCCAAAGCCACAGCAACUCCAGCAUCCGCUACAUGGACCACGCGUCGGUGCUGCUGCACGGGCUGGCCUCGCUGCUGGGCCUCGUGGAGAACGGGCUCAUCCUCUUCGUGGUGGGCUGCUGCAUGCGCCAGACCGUGGUCACCACCUGGGUGCUGCACCUGGCACUGUCCGACCUGCUGGCCACCGCCUCCCUGCCUUUCUUCACCUACUUCCUGGCCGUGGGCCACUCCUGGGAGCUGGGCACCACCUUCUGCAAGCUGCACUCCUCCAUCUUCUUCCUCAACAUGUUCGCCAGCGGCUUCCUGCUCAGCGCCAUCAGUCUGGACCGCUGCCUGCAGGUGCUGCGGCCCGUGUGGGCGCAGAACCACCGCACGGUGGCCGUGGCUCACAGGGUAUGCCUGGCGCUCUGGGCCCUGGCCGUGCUCAACACCGUGCCCUACUUCAUCUUCCGGGACACCAUCCCGCGGGUGGACGGGCGCAUCAUGUGCUACUACAACGUGCUGCUCCUGAAUCCCGGGCCCGACCGCGAUGCCACGUGCAACUCGCGCCAGAUGGCCCUGGCCGUCAGCAAGUUCCUGCUGGCCUUCGCUGUGCCGCUGGCCAUCAUCGCCUCGAGCCACGUGGCCGUGAGCGCGCAUUUGCGCCACCGCGGCCGCCGGCGGCCCGGCCGCUUCGUGCGCCUGGUGGCGGCCGUGGUGGCGGCCUUUGCGCUCUGCUGGGGGCCCUACCACGUGUUCAGCGUGCUGGAGGCGCGGGCGCACGCGGACCCCGCACUGCGGCCGCUCGUGUGGCGCGGGCUGCCGUUCGUCAGCAGCCUGGCCUUCGUCAACAGCGUGGUCAACCCGCUGCUCUACGUGUUCACCUGCCCCGACGUGCUGCGCAAGCUGCGGCGCUCGCUGCGGAGCGUGCUGGAGAGCGUGCUGGUGGACGACAGCGAGCUGGGCGGCGGGGGCGGCAGCAGCCGCCGCCGCCGCCGCACCUCCUCCACCAACACCUCGGCCUCCUCCUUCUCGCUGCGCGGCCGCGGCCUGUCCCCGCUCGGACCCGCAGGCCUGCUCGGCUGGCUGCGGGGUAGCCGCGCGGCGCCCCCGCAGAGGGACCGGGCCCAAUCCCAGGACGAGCGGGGCCCCCUGAACCGGGCGCCGCGCACCACCUCGGCGUAGGAGGCACGGGCCGGGGAUCGCCAGGCUCGGACCAUUCUCCCCCCACCCCCCCGCCCCCGGGAAGCAAGAGCAGGGAGCGAUCGCGCGCAGCGGCUUCCCCAGGGCCCGGACGUUUAGUCGGAGGCUAAGGAAUCUGCAUGUUAAAGCGCCCCACGUGACUCAGUGUAUCCUUUUCAGAAACGAAGUGAGCUAAAGCCGUGCUUCUCAAACUUUCUUAUGCGAGAGUCACCCAGGGAUCCUGUCUGCUUGAACGGGCCGCCGGGCGGGUGUGCGGACGAUCUGCAUUUCUAACAAGCUCCCAGGAGGCGAUGGGACCACACUCUGAGUAAUGGGAGGUUAAAACGCUGACAUCUCAGACUAGGGUAGUGGACGGCCCAAGGUACACAGGACGCAUCUCCCUGAAGCUGUUUUUAGCAGAUGAUGGGUGGGGUGGAUUUUUACAUUAAACCAGUGAUGUAGUUUUGGAGUAGAAAGCGAGAGAGGAAACGUUUGGGAAGCACUUCCGGUCUAACCUUCUCGCUUCGGUCAUUUAGUUGCGCAUUACUUAACUACACGCUUUAUCCCACAAUCCCCAGGGGCAGGUUCUAUUAGCCCCACUUUUUACCAUGUGCAAACUGAGGUGCAGGGAGGUUAGGUAACCUGCCCAAGGUGCAGGGACUGCAUACCAGCCAUUAGGCAUUACCUGUUCAAUUACUAUUAGUACGUGAAAAGGCACCCCCCACAUACCUAAGGUCCUUCAGAUAGCAGCUGCAUGGGAGCCCCCAUCUCUACCUGUCCGACCCAGCAUUGCCCGAAGUGGUCAAAAGUUUGGGAAACCUGUGCUAAUCAGAGUGCAAUGGACAUCCUUAUUGAAGGUCUUUAGUGUUUGGAUGAACCCUGCAACCUCCGUGACCACAGCCGGUGAUAUUUCCUCGCUCAUCUGACACAUGUGCCAGCCUACAGUUCCCUGGGACGCCUUCUGAGCAAUGCUGGUAAUCCCUAGAUCUGUGCAGCACCCACCUCCCUCCCGACCGCACAGGGCUGCAGCACUGACCCCCAAUUCGUAGGCGCGAGGGGUAACUUACCGUAGCAUCUCCACUCUACCAUGUCUGUUUAGCUCAGCACCCCGGGGCCUGGUGCAGUUGGCGCGGUACACGUUUGGUGGAUGGAACGUCAGUGGACGAGCCAGGGGAGAAACUCUCCUGGGAUCUUGGUCCAGUGUUCCCUGUGCCACCACUCGCAGCUGGGCUCCCAGCGUUUACUCUCAGUGCCAGGCAGGGCCCGGCCCACAGCAAGCGCUUGGCAAACGGAGCGGUCGACAGACAGCUGGCUGAGCGGACAUCCUGUCUCGACCUCGCCCGUGCCCCCUCCCACCUGCUCCCCUGCUUCACAGAGCACUCGGCGCCAACCGACACACAGUACACUUUACUUGUUUGUUAUGUUUUCUCCACCAGAAUGAAAGAUCCUUGAGGGCAGGGACUUUUGUCUCUAUUCCCUGGCACCUAGAAUUGUGCCUGUACACAGCAGGCCUUCAAUAAAUAUUUCUGCUGUAGA